AGGCUGUGGUGUGGAGCAAAUUUCUGGAUUUGAGGGCAGAGACGUCAGGUUUCUUCUCGAAGCUUCAAGUGAGAGUCACAGACCCGUAGGCAGCGAUCUGCACAUCCUCGGCUCAGACGGAAGCCUCCGCUCAGCGACAUGGCAUUUUCAGGGAUGUUGAGCAUCGAAGAUGUCAAGGCUGCGAUUGAGGCUUGUCAAGCUCCAGGGACAUUCAACUACAAAUCCUUCUUUGAGCAAGUGGGCCUGGCUGGCGUGUCCGUGGCAGAAGGACACAAAGUGUUCACCGUCCUGGACCAGGACAAAAGUGGAUACAUUGAGAUGGAGGAGCUGAAGCUGAUUCUUCAGAGUUUCUGGACGGGAGCUCGGGAGCUGACGGCGGCCGAGACCACGGCUCUGAUGGCUGCAGGAGACAAAGACGGCGACGGCAGGAUCGGGAGCGACGAAUUCUGUGAUCUCCUAAAAUAAGGACGAGC